AUGCGUAUGACGUCCUACAUUAAAUCCAUUGAUGGACGUGCUUGGUUAUCUGUACUUACCGGAUGGGAGCCUCCUAUCAAAGAAGUUGAAGGCGUGAAACACGAGAAAAAUGAAGCCAAGUAUAGUACGGGUGAGAGCUCGUUGGCCAACUUCAAUUCAAAAGCACUCAAUGCAAUUUUCGGCACGGUCGAUGAUAAUAUGUUUUGCUUAAUUAGCCGUGCACUACUGCCAAAGAUGAAUGGGACACCUUACAACGUCAUUGUGAGGGUUCGAGGAGUGUUUGUCAAACGAGGCUACGUCUUCUUGCGACAAAAUUUGAGACUAUUCAAAUGCUCGAAAACGAGAAUAUCUCGUCAUGCAUGGCCAAGCUGA